ACCCAUACGUUAUAUACAACACGUAUUAUGGAAGCUGUAGUUUGUAGCAGCGGAUUUUACCCUAUCACAGACUAGCGUGCCCUCUGGAGUCCAACUACAACUCCCAGAGUUCAGCGCGAGGCGGAGCGUGACCUACGUGUGUAGACGCCGUCGUGUAGACGGACCAUGGCGUUGUACGGCUAUGUGUACACCGCUGUGUGUGUGACAGGUUAGCAUCAGAAAAAAAACACCUCCGGACAGACGCGUCUGCGCACUGUUAUCUGCUGUCAGCGGCGGAGGGCUGAGGAAUAAAGAUGGGGUCCAGAAUCAAGGAGAGCCCUGAGUCCACUUUUGAGGUCUAUAUGGAAGUGGACCAUCCAGGCACACAAAGCUCUGGGCCGGAGGUGAGAAGGCAGUUCCCUGAAGACUACACAGAGCAGGAAACUCUACUGACUGUGCCCAAGUUCUGCUUCCCCUUCAGCAUGGACAGCCUCACGGUCAACCAGGUCGGCCAGAACUUCACGUUCGUGUUGACUGACAUUGAGAGCAAACAGCGAUUUGGCUUCUGUCGCCUCUCCUCAGGUGCACACACCUGCUACUGCAUUCUCAGCUACUUGCCCUGGUUUGAAGUCUUCUACAAGCUGCUUAAUAUCCUGGCAGAUUACACCAUCAAAGGCCAGGAAAGCCAAUGGCAAGAGCUCCUGGUGUCACUACAUACGCUCCCUAUCCCCGAGCCUGGAGUUCCUGUUCAUCUGGGUGUGCAUUCCUUCUUCACUGUGCCUGACAUGAGGGAACUCCCCAGCAUACCUGAGAAUAGAAACCUAACAGAGUACUUUGUAGCAGUAGAUGUCAAUAACAUGCUUCAUCUGUACGCUAGUAUGCUUUAUGAGCGCCGAAUCCUCAUCUGCUGUAGCAAACUAAGCACUUUAACAGCAUGUGUCCAUGGGUCUGCAGCCAUGUUGUAUCCAAUGCACUGGCAACAUGUUUACAUUCCUGUCCUGCCUCAACAUCUAUUAGACUACUGCUGUGCUCCAAUGCCCUACCUCAUCGGAGUACAUUCCAGCCUGAUGGAGAAAGUUCGAGGGAUGGCUCUUGAUGAUGUGGUGGUCUUGAAUGUGGACACAAACACCCUGGAAACCCCCUACGAAGACCUCCAGAGCCUGCCCAAUGAUGUGGUUUCAUCUUUAAAAAGCCGUUUAAAGAAGGUUUCGACAACGACGGGAGACGGCGUGGCUCGAGCCUUCCUCAAGAGUCAGGCCGCUCUGUUCGGCAGCUACAGGAACGCUCUGCAGAUCGAGUCGGGCGAACCAAUAACAUUUAACGAGGAAACUUUUGUGAACCAUCGAUCCAGUGGCAUGAGACAGUUCCUCCAGAAUGCUAUUCAACUGCAGCUCUUCAAACAGUUCAUUGACGUUCGUUUGGACUUGUUGAACGCAGGAGAAGGUUUCAGUGACAUCUUUGAGGAAGAGAUCAACAUGGGUGAAUAUGCAGGCAGUGACAGGAACUACCACCAGUGGCUCUUCACUGUGAAGAAAGGGGGCGGGGCCAUCUUCAACACAGUGAGGACCAAGGCAAACCCGGCCAUGAAGACCGUUUACAAGUUUGCUAAGGACCAUGCAAAAAUGGGCAUCAAGGAAGUCAAGAGCCGGCUAAAGCAGAAGGAACAGGCAGAGAAUGGCUUCUCCACAGCAGGUUCGGCAGUCAUCGACGACGACACCACAGCAGGGUUUACCUCCACCAGUACGGUCAGGCAGGAGGGACCACUGCGAACCUGGGACGACCACAGGCCAAUCACUGUGCACUUUGGACAGAUGGGCAGAAAUGAGGCUCGGCCACCGAUGCUGUUAAAGAGACCGAGCAGCAAUGUGAGUCUGGAAAGCAGCGUUGACCACUCUAUCCGUCCUACUCGUCACUACACAGUCUUUCUCUCUGAGGAUUCGUCCGGUGACGAGCUCCAGUACGACGAGGACUCCAUCUCUGGGUUUCCUGACAGCUUUCUCUUCUCCGUCCCUUUUGAGUGGUCACCUCUGCCACAGCCAUAUCGCUCCCUGAAGGAGGCUGAGCUAAUGGAAGGGGACGAUCCUGGUUUCGGGGCAGAAAGUCACACUGCCCCUCCAAGCCCAGUUACUGAGAAGUUCUCCAAUGUCAACCUGCUGGGCGAUAUCUUUGGCUGCCAGGAUGAGCCUGACAACCAACCAAUUACCCUGGCUAAAAGUCUCGAGGACCUGAGGACUCCCAAAGACUCUGAGGAGCUACAAGCCAAGUUCAACUACCAGCGGAUGGACCUGAGUGUCAGUGAACACUCACGAACGCUUCCAGGCCUCAAGCUCUCCAACCCUUACAACAAGCUGUGGAGUAUAGGGCAGGAUGAAGCAACCUUGCCUGUUUGUGUGCCUCCUACCAGUGAUAGACCUCCAUCUGUCCAACUUCCUGUGCUGACCGAGGCCCACUCCCCUAGCCGUGAGAUCUUGGGCUUAGGGCUUGAGCCUUCAGACCCCUCUACUUCCGGCAACAUCACCAUUCCACGUCCCCACGGAAGGAAGACGCCUGAGCUUGGUACUGUCCUUGCACCCCCCCAGGCCCAGUCACGCUCUAAACCAGCAAGAGCUGGUGAGGGAAGGACUACAUCAGGGGGGCAAGAGUUUAGACAAGCCCUGAGCAUGACCACAGAUGGAGACCUGCUGAAGACCUCCAAGGUCACAGAAGACAAUAUAGAUCUGAUAAGCCUUCUAGACCCCCUUAACAGCUCAGCACAGACCAGUUCCACUUCAGUGAGUGAUGGGGGAGAAAUUGGUGUGUCGUCAUCUUCCUGUAAACCAACCCUUCCAACCAGGCCUUACCCACAGGGCUUGCCUCCUUUCCCCCUACAUCCUCACAUAUCAGUUAACCCUUUUUCCCAGUCUCUCCGGCACACCUCUCCUCAGAUGCAUUACUCGCCGACUGUAAGUGGUAAUCCCUUCAGUGCAGUCUACAGGCCUCCAGCAGGCACUUAUUUACACACUCCACCCCAGCCACAGUCUUUUGCCACACUACCGGGGCUCUACAGACAGCAUUCGCCAGGUAGUUCAACUCUGCCACCCAACUAUGGACUGCUCCAGUCAGCCUUCCCCUCCUCAGUUACAUCCGUGUCCCACUCCUCUGCCAGCAAUCACGCCCUUUCCAGUCUGGCAGACUCAACGUCUUUCCCCAGUUCGGCCCCCAACAAAUUGGCAAAGCCGCAUCAUGCCGAGGAAGACGGCAACAAGACUCAGGAUCCUUUUGGCGACCUGCUGACUAUGGCCAAGCCAGCUACGCCCCAAAAAAAGAAGGUGGAAGACCUUCGGAGGAGGUGGGAAACAUUUGACUAAAUCCUGUGAAUAUGCACUGAGUUGCCCCUCUCUGUAACUACUCGAACUUCUCUCAUUACUGGAUCGGGACCUUCUGUUGAACUUAAUGGUGCAUUAGCUCUAAUGAGCACUGGCUCAGUAGAAGAAGAAUAACUUAAACUGAGAUUAAAGAUGCUAUGCUGCCUUUGAAUACUACUUGAGAGUUCUGUUAGAUUAUUCCUAUCCCCAUUGUUAGAUAGCUAGCUAGUUAAAAUUUGUUAGGAAACAUUAGCUCAUAAGGCUUACAUAACUUCCUUUCAUAGCAGACUUAAGUUGCUUUCUUGUCACUGGAAACGAUGAAGGUGGCAACGGCAACUGUAGAGCGCCGAAUCCCUUAAAAUAACACCCGAUAUUACAGUUAUAAUCCUUAAGAUUUUCAUAUCUUAACCAAUAUUUAUUCUGUUGUUUUUAACCAGUCAUUUCAUGUAUAUGGAUUCUACAAUAACCUCUCUACAAAGUAUCUUUCAUUGUUAUACCGCUUUUACCAAUAUGUACCGAUGCACACAGGAUUCAUAGUAAGCUGUACAUUGGACGUGAUGCAGGAGGCAGUGUUGGAUCAUGAGCUCAGUUUAACGUGUCAGAUGAUUGUUUAUUGUCAUCUUUAGUCUUCUUUAUGAAAAUAACGUGACGUAUAGAAUCCUCUCAGUCCACAGUGUAUUUGGUUACAGUGUAAACAGAUACACCAGUUCUUGUUUUUGUGUAUUUGCUGCCCUCAGUAGUCAAUGCACCUCAGUAACUUCAAGUGUCACCAAAACAACCAGGACUGAAAUCAUAAAGACCAUAACUACCUAUAAUACACUUUGUAAGUGAUGUAUUUAUAUAUGAUGAAAACAUUUUUACUGUGAUUUAUUACUUUGGUUACAGACUCAUAUGAUUUUUGUGCAUAUGGAGAACAGCUGUGCAAAUACAUUAGCAGUGAUGCAUUAUUAACUCCGACAGAAGGUCCUGAUCCAUUUGGUGGGAAAUAUGGUGAAACCUCCCCCCCCUCCCUCCACAGACACACAUGCACUCACCAACCCUCCCCAGCUCCCCUCAGCUCUGCUGCUGACCAAUGACAAACAGGAGUGUGGACUGCCUCAUCAGCACACAACACUUGAACUCACCUGUUACCUGUCUGAGGAUUUGUCUUUGCAUAUUUAUGUGUUGUUUCAUCCCCCCCCCCCCCCCCCCCCCCACCGUUACACACAAUGCCGGCCUUGCUUCAAGAUGUUCAGAUGCCAACCGUUCUCGAACCCGCCGCCACUCGCUACUUGCUAACAGCUAAUACAGUUCAUUGCACAACACCCUCCUCAUGUCACCUGCCUUCAAAGCCACCACAUUAGCGUAGUGCUCAGUAUAGAUCAGUAUAGAUUUGUGACUUUUAAAAAAACAGCACGCAGUAUUUCCCGAAAGAGGAUAGAUGACACAUUCACAACAGCCUAUGUCUUAAUGAUGUCAACUUGUACGAUUAGCUUGUAUUAUUACUAGUAGCUAGUCUGCUAUAGUUGAUUAACAUGCUAAUGGCAUUAUGGUACUGUAGCUACAACGUGUGGUGCAUCUCAAACACGCAGUUAGUUCACCUAUUGAUGUUUUUAUAGUAGCUUCAUGCACAGUGCUGUUGUUUUGUUUUUUGGGUUUUUCAGGUUUAUUUUGGCCUUCAUGAUAAAACCCAUCUUUCUCUAGCUCAUCUCACUGGCCUGUGAAAAUGUGUUGCCUCCUACUGUUUUCUAAAAAACCUCCAAGCCUACAAUAGACAUUGUAUUAUCCCUAAAAAUGAUUUUAAAGCAUUUCUGUCUAAUUAAAUAUGUUGGGACUUUUGAAACAUUUCAUUAUAUAUUCUGUUGUUUUAAAGAGUCCUUUUGCCAAUUCUGCUGCUGAUACAUAUAUGCACUCAAAUGAUUUCCUUCUAUUUUUGUUUUUUUUCUUGUUGUUUUUGCCUUUAGUGAAGUAUUAUUUUUGUGUUUGAUGACAAUGAUUGGCUAAUGAAUUCCAGGCUGCUUACACUUGAUUUCAAUUGUGCAUAAAGAGCAAAAAAUCAUUGUUCUCACAAUUUUUUGCCACCAGCGUCUAUUUCAGGGGGGGCAGGAGGGGCGUCCAUGUUGAAUGCCAAAAAAAUCCUAAUCACUUCAAAGUGCUGUCAGGUCUGGUUGCUGCUGUGUGUGUGUGUGUAUGUAUGUGUGUACAGAUGACACUAUAUUUGUUGUAUGACUAAUAAAGCAGUGGUGGCUAGUAUCCUGCUGCACUGCACUGUUUGAAAUACACAUACUUUAUCCUUUAACAUGUCAGAGUAACUUGGUUAUAAUUCCACAUGCAGUCUUUUUUUUUCCAUCUAUUGAUACACAGCAAGAUGUCAGCAACUUUAUAUUUUCAUGACAUUUAACAUGGAUAUUCGUGUUCCCCAUAUGAUGAACUGAUUAUUGAAAUUGGA